AUGGCUUCUGCAACCGUUGUCGCUCAGGCCCUUCCGGCUCUCCCUGAGGCUUGGUCCGCCGACAAGGACUUUAAGGCCGUCAGCCAGGUUGCUGCCGCUACUCAGCGCAGCCUGGAGCCCGUUGGCCCUCAUUUCCUGGCUCACGCCCGUCGGGCCCGUCACAAGCGUACGUUCUCCGAGGAUGAUCGUAUUCAGGCCCAAGAGGCUGCCAAGAAGGUUGAGAACGACGACGAUGGUGAGAUCAGUGAGCCUGAGGACCCCAUGAUGCUUCAGCGUGACGCCAAGGACUGGAAGAACCAAGAUCACUACCAAGUUCUCGGGCUCACCAAGUAUCGUUGGAAGGCCACGGAGGACCAAAUUAAGCGCGCCCACCGCAAGAAGGUCCUCAAACAUCACCCUGACAAGAAGGCGGCCGCUGGUAUUGUCGACGAUGAUAGCUUCUUUAAGUGCAUUCAAAAGGCCACCGAGGUUCUUCUGGAUCCUACCAAGCGUCUACAAUACGAUUCGGUCGACGAGAAGGCUGAUGUUGAUCCUCCCACGAAGAAGCAGCUCGCUAAGGGCAACUUCUACAAGCUGUGGGGCAACGUUUUCAAGGCUGAGGGUCGCUUCUCCAAGAUCCAGCCAGUACCAACAUUUGGCGACGACAAAUCUACCAAGGAGGAGGUUGAGGAGUUCUACAACUUUUGGUACAACUUUGACAGCUGGCGGACGUUCGAGUACCUGGACGAGGAUGUCCCUGACGACAAUGAGAAUCGUGACCAGAAGCGCCACACGGAACGCAAGAACGCCAAUGCGCGCAAGAAGAAGAAGGCCGAGGACAACGCCCGUCUGCGCAAGCUGCUUGACGACUGCUCAGCCGGCGACGAGCGCAUCAAGCGCUUUAGACAGGAAGCCAACGCGGCCAAGAACAAAAAGAGGUUAGAAAAGGAGGCGGCAGAGAAGAAGGCUCUUGAAGAGGCCCAGGCCAAGAAGGAGGCCGAGGAGAAGGCCGCCAAGGAGGCGGAAGAGAAGGCCAAGGUCGACCGGGAGGCAUCCAAGAAGGCUAAGGAGGCUGCCAAAAACGCCGUCAAGAAGAACAAGCGUGUUCUCAAGGGCUCUGUCAAGGACGCGAACUAUUUCGCGUCUGGCGAGCCUUCAGCCGCUACAAUCGACGCUGUCCUCGGUGAUGUUGAGCUCGUUCAGGGCAAGAUUGACCCUGAUGAGAUUGCGGCCCUGGCUGGCAAGCUGAACGGCCUCAAGGUUGCCGAUGAGAUCAAGAGUGUUUGGAGCGAUGAGAUCAAGCGACUUGUUGGCGCUGGCAAGCUCAAGGACGGAGAUGCCAAGACUUUGUCCCAAUGA